AGCCUCCGCGGCGGCCCCUCUCCAUCCAGGUCCAUCGAAGACGCUCCCCGACUUCACAAGUCCGUUUCGAACUCUCUAGACGCCUCUCUCGUCUUCGUCGCCGCCCCGUUCGGCCGUUCCCCAUCCCCAAACCCGCGUUCCCCUCUCGCGCGUCGCGGAAAUGGCGUUGCCGAAUCAGCAGGUUGUGGAUUACCCCAGCUUCAAGCUCGUCAUCGUUGGCGACGGUGGAACUGGGAAAACCACAUUUGUGAAAAGGCAUCUUACUGGGGAGUUUGAGAAGAAAUAUGAGCCCACCAUUGGUGUUGAAGUUCACCCACUGGAUUUUAGCACCAACUGUGGUAAAAUCCGCUUCUAUUGCUGGGACACUGCUGGGCAAGAAAAGUUUGGUGGUCUCAGAGAUGGCUACUAUAUCCAUGGCCAGUGUGCCAUCAUCAUGUUUGAUGUCACUUCAAGGCUGACAUACAAGAAUGUACCAACAUGGCACAGGGACUUGUGCAGGGUGUGUGAGAACAUUCCCAUUGUCCUCUGUGGUAACAAGGUUGACGUGAAGAACAGGCAAGUCAAAGCCAAGCAAGUUACAUUCCACAGGAAGAAGAACUUGCAGUACUAUGAGAUUUCUGCCAAGAGCAAUUACAACUUUGAGAAGCCCUUCCUUUACCUCGCUAGGAAGCUGGCAGGGGACCAGAACCUUCACUUUGUCGAGGCUGUUGCUCUGAAGCCACCAGAAGUGCAGAUUGAUAUGGCCAUGCAACAACAGCAUGAAGCUGAGCUUGCUGCGGCCGCCGCGCAACCCCUGCCAGAUGACGAUGAUGACCUGAUCGAGUAGAUAAUAUCAUGGCCCUUGUCGAUGAUGUGCGAGUGAACUUUUUAUAAGAACCCAUAGUGGUUCAUCCUUAGAUUUUAGGAAGCUGGAUGUUCUCUUGAUGUAUCUGAUGAGAAUGAGUUAUGAAAUUUCUAUCCGAUGUUGCCGAGGUUUGUUGGUGACUGAACCGGCUCCUUUCGAGUAAUACAGUUCUGUCGUCACAUAU